GCACUGCCUUUAGAAGCAUCACAAUGAGCAGAGACAGCCUUCAGCUCUGAGCAGCCCCAGCUCUGCCUGCCUUAGGUGAGGGGACAAGGUCCUGGGGGCAGGGGAUACUCAAUGUGGAGACAACAGGGACCCCUCUGGCCUGCAGAUGAUUGAUCCUCUUAUUACUGGGCUGGAGCCUGAGCUUGGACCCCUCCAACAGCCUGGAUCCAGAUGGACACAGGGGUCUGGAGAGACAGCUGAGGGCUAAUGGAAGGGCUGCCUUCAGGGAGAGGGCAGAAAUCAAGACGCCAGAGGAGAAAAGGUUAGAUUCUAGAUAGCCCUUCCUCCUCAGGCUUAUGGCUGGAGGUGGGGACAUACCCCAAAGAGAGCUAGGGGGUCAAAGCCACAAGGGCUGAAGGGACUUUGAGACCCACCUAAAUUGUCUUCCUGCCUUCUGAAGACUGUGCCAGGGCCAAGAGGAUGUCUGAACCUGAGUUGGAGGCAGAAGUGGAGGAUGGGGUGUCUGAUACUUCACCCAUGCUGCCUGGGCCCCCCUCACUCCACCUGAAAGUUCCCCAUCUUCGCCCAGAGCCCCUGGGUCCUGCUGGGCGCUGCCUCUGGGCGCUGAUGCUGGCCACUGCCAACCUGACCCUCCUCCUUCUCCAUCUGCUGCUGCCCCUUGCUGUGUUCUCUUUGGCCCUGCUGCCAUCGGCUGCUGUGGUCUACGUGGGCUUCCACUGUCACUCCAGGGUGCUGCGCUCGGACUCCCGCCCGUGCCGAGCCCUGCUGGACGACCGCAGUUCAUCCGCGCUUAUUGUCCUGGGCUUCCUGACGCUGCCUCCUCUGCUGGUGCUGGCCUCAGCUGCCUAUGGCCGUGUCAUCCGCCGCCUGUGCCCGCUGCUGCCACUGCCGCCACCGCCCUGGGCCUCAGCCUGCGCCCGGGGCUCCUCAACCAAGCCCCAGGGAAGCCGCCUAGAAACCCAAGGAAGCUGCCUGGAAACCCAGGGAGGCUGCCUGGAAACCCAGGGCAGGUGGGAGGGCGACAGCCAAGCACGAGAUUGGGUGUGAGUGAGGUACUGCCCCAAGUUUCUGAACACCCUGCUCCAGGUCAUCCCAGCCACACAUGCACCAGUUCCCAACUAUGGGAUGCCAAAGCCAUGUCUCAUUCUCCACUCCCAGAUGCUGGAGGCCCCCAGUUCCCACACCACCUCAAACCCUAUGCCCUAUCCUCUGGAAUUCCUAGGGUCCUGCAUUGCCCUGUUCAGGGGGGCCUAGAACCCCUCGUCUUUGGAAGGGAUUGAAUCCACAAUCCAAGCCUUCCCUUCACCAGAAGAACCCAGGGUCAAACCUUCAGUCUCAACACAAAUGUUCCCUGCUGAAAAUCCCAGGAUUUCCUGCCCUGCUUCCCAGCAAGGUGCCAUGCGCUUAAUAACCUGAGGAGGUCCAGUAGCCUUUCCCUUGAGGGAUCUCAACUACUGAUGACCUUGCCCCCAUCUCCCUCAUCAACUCAUUCCUCAAAGAUUCCCCACAACCCCAAAGUCACCUUUACUCCCUUGGGUUUCCUGGACCAUCCCUGCCUGAGCAGACAGAAGACCCAAAGUUUCUCCAUCCCUGCCCACUCAGUCCCAGAUUCAGCCCCCUCCAGCCCAGCUGUCACAUUUCCCCACCAAGUUCCAGAUCUCCAGGAGCUCAGUUCAGGAGGCAUGCCUAGGACAUAAGGCCCAUGCCACCCUGGACCUGGCUGGGAAAGGACUCCACGAAGCACCUUUGUCCCUCAGGAACCUCUUUCCUUCAGUAGCAUCCUCCUCUCCCCCUUUUCUGUUGUCUUCUAUAAGAGCAAUAAAAGAGGCCCAACCUUGUGUGGAGCAAGGGAUAGGGAGAACUGAACUCA